GCUGGAUACGGCCGAGCACAUCUGAAUUUGGCGCACCAGUGCUCUUCGUCCCGAAAGGGAAUGGAGAGUUCAGAAUGUGCAUUGACUACAGGGGUCUCAAAAAGAUCACUAGGAAAAGUACAGAGCCUAUUCCUAGGAUCGAUGACCUGGUGGAUAUGGUACAGGGUUGCACAGUGUUCAACAAAAUUGACCUCAAAUCUGGUUAUCACCAGAUUGAGAUGGCAGAGGAGGAUGUCCACAAGACCGCCUUCAAAACCAGAUAUGGUACCUACGAAUACCCGGUUAUGCCAUUUGGACUUUGCAACGCCUCAGGUACCUUCCAGAUUGAGAUGCACCACAUCUUCAGGCCUUACCUGGACAAGUUCAUGGUUGUCUACCUAGAUGAUAUUUUGGUAUUCAGCCGAACUACCUGGGAGCAUGCGGAACAUCCGACUCUGGUUCUUCAGUCGUUACCUGACAGCCAGUAUAAGAUCAACAGAGAAAAGUCUUUUUUUGGAGUUCCCUCUGCCAUCUACCUGGGUCGUGUAAUAUCUGGAGAUGGCCUGGCUCCUGAAGCGGCCAAGAUAGUUGCUGUUCAAGAGUGGCCACAACCACAAAUAGUGAGGGAUGUCAGGUCCUUCAUGGGUUUGGCCUCGUACUACAUAAAGUUUGUCAGGAACUUUUCUGCAGUGGUUGCACCACUAACUAACCUAACAAAGAAAGACACUCCUUUCCUUUGGUCCCUUCCCUGUCAGUUGGCCUUCACACGACUCAAGAAGGACUUGACUCGUGCACCAGUGUUGAAGUUGCCUGACCCCACUCUGCCAUUCAUCCUGACCACUGACGCCAGUCAGUAUGGCAUUGGGGCAGUUCUUCAGCAGGAUGAUGGGAAUGGUCUACGGCCCGUGGAGUUCAUGAGUAAGAAGAUCAAGACCCAGAAGCUUCAUGAUUCUACCUACGAGAAAGAGUUAUAUGCUCUUGUUUGUGGGUGCAAGGUCUUCUCCAAGAUCGACCUCAAGUUUGGCUACCACCAGAUUGAAGUUGAUCCGAUUGACCAGCACAAAUCUGCGUUCAAGACACGCGAUGGGUUAUUCCCAUCGCUGAAUGCGGAUGUGACGCCACCGUCUGAAGCUGACGUGGCUGAGCCAGUGUCAUCAGCAGCUGACGUGGCUGAGCCAGCGUCAUCAGCAGCUGACGUGGCAGAUUCCCUACCAUCAAAUCUUGAGGUAGUGGAGGUGGAAUCUGAUGGGAGCAGAUUAGACCCAUCAAGGUCAUCCACAGCUGUUGCUGCUGCUGCCGCAGAGGAGACGUCAGAGCAUACGUCAGAAGUGACGUCUUUGGCGGCAGAAGGAGCGAUGUCUUCUUCUUCGGCAGCAGAAGAAGCGACGUCUUCUGCGGCCACCAUCGAGCAAGCACAUACCGCCAUGGCAUCCUCAAGCACCACGCAGACCAUUGAUUCCACUUCUUCUUCAUCUCCAGCAUCUGCAGCUGCAGCACCGGGGCUAGCGUGUAGGGCGGGAAUAGGGUACAGCAGCGGUGGAGAUGGUGUCUCAACCGCAGGCAAUUACAUCGAGGCUGUUGCUGAUUUCACAAGAGCAAUAGAGCUGGACCCUAAGAAUGCAGACUUCUAUCACAAUAGGGGCUUCUCUUAUCGGAAGCUAGGCAAAUUUGAAGAAGCGAUUUCGGACUACACCAUGGCCAUCAAACUAAAUCCUCAGCAUUGCCGAGCCUAUUAUAAUCGUGCGUUCUCUUAUGACCGCAUGAAGAACUAUGAGGCUGCCAUUGCAGACUACACGGAGGUAAGCAUGCAUGAAUGAUAUUAGACUAUCAUUAGUCUAUUAGAUAAUGUGGUAAAUUGAUAAAUCAUAAAUAAAUAUGAAUUAUGUAAUAAAUUAAUAGUAAAUUA